AUGACUCUUACGUCUCACCGCCGUCAGUCAGCAUCUGUGGGAGGACCCUCUAAAGGCAUAGAUGAACACUCUCUGUGUUACCUCUACACUGUCCAGUCUAAAAGCUCUUCAGACAGAGUCUCUGAGUUCAGUGCAGUGACUCUGCUGGAUGACAGACAGAUUGACUCCUACAGCAGUACAGACGGGGUCAGGACUCCUAAACAGGACUGGAUGAAGGAGAUGAAGGAGAGUGAGUGGACAGCAGGCACUGAUAAACUGAAGUACAAUGGACAACAUUUAAACAAGAUCCUCGACAUACAGAUGAAGGCCUUCAGACACAAUGAGUCAGAUGGUCACACUCUGCAGUGGAGAGUCGGCUGUGAGGUUGAAAAGCACUCUGGUGGUUCGCUGUCAGUGUUAAACUGCACUAAUGAAUACGGCUACGAUGGACAGAACUUAAUCUCUUAUAACUGGACCUCGAGGAGAUGGUCAGCCUCAGUCAGCCAGGCUAAAGCGUUGGAGGAGGAGUGGAACGCUGGACGUGUUGAUCAGAGAUGUGAAGACUGUGAGCACUGGAUGAAGACGUAUUUAAAGUACAGCACUACUGAAACCAAACUGACUCCACCAACUGUUUAUGUGUUUGUGAAGAAAUCUGUAACUGACCUGAAGAAGCUGACCCUGACCUGCCUGGCCACAGGCUUCUACCCCAAAGACGUGGAGAUUAAACUGAGGAAGUUCACCACUUCACUGCCUCAACAUCUACUAAAAUCUUCAGGAGUCAGACCCAAUGAAGAUGGAAACUACCAGCUGAGGAAGAGUGUGGAGAUCCAGGAGAAUGAAACAGCAGAUUAUGACUGUUUUGUGACUCACAGCUCCAUCAACAAACCAGUAAUUGUAAAAUGGGAGCGUCCUCACCCCCCGAUCCAUCUGUUCUUGGCUAUUGGAGGUGUGAUUGUGCUGGCUGUGCUGGUUGGAGUCGUCAUCUUCUUCCUGAAAAAGAAGCAGAAAGCUGCUGGUGCUUCUGUCUCUGUUUCUGACUCAGGAAGGAGAAUCAGUGGAUCAAACAGGAGCAGCACUGGCAACGUUAAUGGUUCCAGAAGUUGUGGGUCACCAUGUGGUAAUGUGGAGAACGUUGGUGAAACCAUGUCGAUGCUGCAGAGAACCUCCAGUGAUCCUGAUAGAAGGACAAAUGAUCCACUUCCAGACUAACAGCAGACACUGCUAACCUCUACACGUUAAACAGAGGAUCGCUGGACCUGCUUCAGGAGGCUGAACAGCACAGUGAGGAGUUGGAGGCCUGUCUUUUGAUGCCCUCACCUUCUUCCUGUGUUUUCCCUCACUCCAUCCCUCUCUCUCCUCCCGUCCCUGGUCCUCGACUGCAGGGAGCUCCUCCCCCCCAGGCCCCUGCUCAGGUCCAGUGUCAGCCCUUCCUCCUUUCCUCCUUUCCUCCUUUCCUCUUUUCCUCCCCCCUCAUGCUCCCACUCUCUCAUGAGCCCAGUGGCCGAAUCAUGAGUGCAGAUGAGGGCAGCAGAGAGGAGCAGAUGUCCAGCACCCGAACACCAAGCACCAAUGAGAGCCAGAGUGCUGGAAUGAAUGGUGAUGCAUCUAAGAAUCAAUUGUUGUUGGUAAUUAAAUAAGUUACUUACAGAAGAUCAUAACACUACACGACACCUACAAAAGGUAAUCAUGACAGCUGACAAAGAUCUACAUAAACAUUUAUGUCAGCUGUCAUGAGGCCUUAUGAACUCUGCUCCUCAAUAAAGUAUUAGCAAAUCAUCAUCAUCCUCAUCCCUUAAUCUGAGGUUAGAUUGACUGAAACUGAUGAAGUGCUCAGAUUAAAGUGAGCUGAAGUUCUCAUCACUUUAACCAUCACUAUAAUAAUUCUAUAUUAUAAUAAUCACUGUAACUUUGCAUCAACAUUACUGUCAGCUACACAGCAGAGGGGCCCGAUACGUCGAUCACACAGUGCAUGUUGGUAGAUCUAUCAAAUUUCAGCACUUUCUUACUGCUUCUGGAGACGGCAGGUCAACGUGACUGAGGUGAAAUGUGACCACUGUCUCUUUAUUGUGCUGCUUGUUACCAUAGCUACACCACAGCCCACCUAAAGCACUGCUGUGAGUUUGUUUCUCUAGCAGUCUAGAACGUUUUUAUUUAAUGAUAGUCAGUUCGUGUAGCACCAUUUAGAUUUUUAAGCCGUUUGCCCUGAAACUCUGAAUAUCAAUACAGGCCACUGAAGUCCAUUAAAAGUUUCAAAGCUCUUAAAGAGGACGAGGCCAGCCUGAUCUCUUUUUUUUUUCUUUUUUUUCAGUGAUUUUACUCACAUGAGUGGAUAAUUAGCAUUAGUCAUGUUGAUUUAAUCCACUGUAACAUGUUCACAUGUAUGUAUCGCGUGUUUAUUGUAUUCAUUAAUAUGAAAAUGUGGCCUGAAAACUACAAACAUUGAGGAGACUCACUGGUGCAGACCUACAGCACCAUCUGCUGGACAAACAUUCAGCUGAGCUGCUUUAACUGAGCUGUAGGUUUAUCAGAUUAAAGCUAUUUACUUUAACAAAACGUGUUUCUACA